AUGAGCUUCAGAGAGAACCUCCACAAGUUAGACCAAGUCUCAGUGCCAAGAUGGCUGAGACUCUCAUUGGAGACAUGCAGCAUCCAGACUCACAGGUUUGCAGAUCCUUCAACAACAGCAAUGGGCGCAGUGGUGUACAUUCGCACCAAGCAGAUCAACGAGCCAGCAUCGACAGUACUGGUAUGUGCUCAAACAAAAGUAGCUCCUCUCAAGCGCAUGACCGUUCCUCGACUUGAGCUAACAGCACCAGUCAUGCUAACUCAAUCAGUAGUCGCAACUCAGCAGAUGCUGGAACUCAACGAAGUGAAAACGUAUCUAUGGUCUGACUCAAGCGUAGCCCUGGCUUGGAUCAAGAGCCACCCAUCAAGAUGGAAGGAUUUCGUCCAAAAUAGAGCCAUGAAAUCCAGGAAUCCCUUCCAAAUACUAUUUGGAGAGACAUCAGCGGUAAAGAAAAUCCAGCCAUCAUCACCAAUCGACUCCCUAGCAGAAGCAUCAAUAGAAGCGAGGCCAUCUCCAUCACAUCAGACAACCAUCAAAGUCAACGCCGUGGUAGAGCUUCUCAACAGAUACUCAACACUAUCCAAGGUCCUCCAAGUGACAGCUACGCUGAACCGAGCAAUUGACACUUUCAGGAGACAGCCAGUUUCUCAGGCGCCUGUCCUCACAUCUACAGAACUCAACGAAGCCAGGCUGUUCUGGGUAAAAAUAACACAAUAUCAAUAUUUUGCAUCUGGUCACAGACUUCUCGAGAGAGACCAUCAACUACCACGGAGUCAUCCGUUAGCAAAGCUGACUCCAACGCUAGACAAUGAGAGCAUCAUGAGGCUACGUGGCCGCUUCAAGAAUUCUCAAUUAGACCCUGACGAGAUUCAUCCAAUUAAUCUGCCUCGUCAGUCUCGUCUCACAACGUUGGUAAUCGAACAAGCUCACCGAAAAGCUCUCCACGGAGGGACUCAACUCACUCUAGCCUACACCCGCCAGAAGUAUUGGAUCAUCGAUGGCAGAGGCACUGUGAGAGCAUACAGCCUACGCUGUCCCACCUGCAUUAGACACCGAGGAAGACAGGCCCAGGAGCUAAUGGGCCUACUGCCUGCUGUGAGAAUAUCACCUGCACGAGCUUUUCUCCACACGGGAGUGGACUACGCCGGUCCCUUCCCCAUUCUCAAAUGA